AUUUUGUAGAGCAAAACAUACCCGCCCUGUGUCCCCUGGAUGAGGGGAGAAUGUGAGUUUCAGCAGAAGAGAACAGGGAAAUGAAGUUGUCAGACAGGCCAGCCCAGCGACUGUCUCUUUAUAACUAGGCAGCUAGCAAGUUAGGUGACAGUCGGUUGAGAGUAGAGAUAUUUUCAUCAAAUAUCUCAGCUAUGAAGGUCGGCCGUUUGAGUAACUUGUAGCCACAAUUAGUACACGCUAGAUAGCUACAGCUUCAGAUCUCAGAUAACGUUACAGACAUUUCAAAGUAACGUGACAGUGGAAAAAGAAAGUGGAGACAACUUGCUAGCCUGCUAGCUACCCUUUAGCCACCGAGCCUCCUUCAGCUUCAAAACCAGAUUUCAUUCGAGAUUUGGGCUUGGAUUACCGUUCUUCAGUCAUGCCUUUUCCUUUUGGGAAGUCUCAGAAGAGUCCAGCUGAAAUAGUGAGGAGUUUAAAGGAGAAUGUGGCAUACAUGGAAAAGCUGGAUGCUGGAGACACCAAAAAGUGUGAAAAGGUUGCAGAAGAGGUGUCAAAAAAUCUGGCCUCACUGAAGGAGGUACUUUGUGGAACAGGUGACAAGGAGCCUCAGACUGAAGCAGUGGCUCAGCUUGCACAAGAGCUGUACAACACCAACCUGCUCAUUGCGCUCAUUGCAAACCUGCAGAGGAUUGAUUUUGAGGGGAAGAAGGAUGUGGUGCAUUUGUUCAGCAAUAUUGUGAGACGUCAGAUUGGAACUCGCACACCCACGGUAGAGUAUAUCUCUACACACCCAGAGAUCCUCUUCAUGCUUCUGAAAGGAUAUGAGAGUGCAGAAGUGGCUCUGAACUGUGGAAUGAUGCUGAGGGAGUGCCUGCGUCACGAGCCAUUGGCACGGACGGUGCUCUUCUCUGAAGAGUUGUACUGCUUCUUCCGUUACGUGGAGCUCUCGACCUUCGACAUUGCCUCAGACGCUUUUGCCUCAUUCAAGGAUCUCCUUACAAGACACAAGAUUAUGUGUGCAGAUUUCCUAGAGAACAAUUAUGACAGGGUCUUUACAGAAUACGAGAAGCUCUUGCAUUCUGACAACUAUGUCACCAAACGACAGUCUCUGAAGCUCCUUGGGGAACUUCUCUUGGAUAGACACAACUUCACUGUCAUGACAAAGUACAUCAGUAGGGCAGAGAACUUGAAGCUGAUGAUGAACUUGCUAAGAGACAACAGCCGAAACAUCCAGUUUGAAGCUUUCCAUGUCUUCAAGGUAUUUGUUGCAAACCCCAACAAGACUCAGCCUGUGCUGGAUAUACUGCUGAAGAACCAGACGAAACUCGUGGACUUCCUGAGUCACUUCCAGACAGACAGAUCUGAGGACGAGCAGUUCUGUGAUGAGAAGAACUAUCUGGUUAAGCAGAUCCGGGACCUUAAGAGGCCCACGGCACCGGAGGAAGCUUAAAAACCUGCUCCAUCAGGUGGUAGAUUUUAGAGUCAGUGGCUGGAGCUGCAGAGGUCUAAGUGAGAGUUUAAAAGAUAUGCUUCAAUAAGAUUUAAUAUUAACUACAAAAUAUAGGAAAACAGUAACGAUUAUUUCCUUCGCUUUCUGUUUUUGGCGUGAAAAUGGAGGUGAUUUCCAUCCAGCAACUUGAGUGGGCCAAGAACUGUUAUUUAAACCAUAGUGUUUCCUCUUUAGUGCUAAUGGAAUGCAUUUAGUCCGUUCUUGUAAUGUUGGACCUUAAACUGUUACCCUUCUACAUAGAUUGUCGCUGGCAGAGACCUUAGAAGAAAAACCUCACCCCAUUCACAGCCAACGUGAGCUUUGAGGUGUUCCUUCUUUUUUUUUUCAGAACCUUGUCUAUAUUUUAGAGAUUGAAAAGCUGAGAAGUAAAUAUAUUAUUUUUUCUAAUGUAUCUUCAUGGUAAACAGUUUAAAACAUACAGUAACUCUUCUCUCUGAAUAUUUCUUAGCCUAACUAAUUGCAUAGGUUUGGUUUAUUGCCUUAUUGUAAGCUUUGUUUGUAAAGUGACUUAAAUGAUCUUCAGAGAUAUAGCUUUGGCAGAGUCACAUGUGGAUCAUUUUGGCCAGGUCAGCACACAGUCAUUUUAAAUGAUUCUUGUGUAGUUAUAAGGCCUUUGGUCGCAUGUGUGAGGUUACAAAGGUCUGAAAUGAUCCUGCAGUGCUGUACUUGCCAAUGCAUUAGCUGACACGGGAAGCGAAAAUGAAAACCAUAGAGAGGAAUCAAUUUAUUGUGGUGUGAUUUUUAGGCUGUGUUCACCGAGGCUUACAGGACUGAAAUAGAAACAAAGCAUCAGAUAAUGCUGCAGGGUAGCAGCCAUCCAUUCACCGCUAACAUGGACAGCCAGGAUAUACAAAUUGAUCUCACUUGGAGCAAUGCCAUUUCAUCCUCACAUAAUGAGCACAGAUAGCAAUAAUUCAUUUGAAACAAUGAUUUAACAAAUAAUUAAUUCAGCUGGUGUUCAACUACUUGAUGUAUGCCAUCUUAGCCAUUUUUCCAUUACAGUGUAAGCACUGCAUAACACAAGAAAUAAUAUUGCAGUUUACAUGUAGGCGUUGCAUAAGGAUGCAUCAUACGUAUGUUACACUGUAAAUCUGUUACAUUCAUAUCAGAUGGUGAUAUGUUAUUUAAAAUUAGCUGAUGUGUCAAAGAGACUUUACACUAACUUUCACUGGGAGUGCUUUUUCCUGAAUAAUUCUACUGAUUUUCUUUGACACUGCUACACUGGACUUGAGAAUUGGGCAGACUGUAGGAAAUGGACAGUUUUAUUUGACUGGAAUAUUUUACUAAAAAUAAUGAAUUCACCUUAAUCUGAUAUCUCCCAUCCAUACAGUUAGUUACUUUAACACCAAGACAGUACAUAAAGAAGAAGCUGGCGGAUGCUGAAACACAUACACACGAUUUUAAAUGGCAUGUCCUUUUCUGACAUUAUAAUAAUACAUUUUAAUAGAAUCCAUUGUAACAUAACUGUGAUGCAUCAGAAAGCACUGUCACAAUAACAACAUGCACUGUUAAAAUAAGAAUGAGUUUGUUUUUAGAUGAUGAGCACUGAAUUCAUUGACUUCCUCACAUGCAUCGCUGAUUAGUUAUACUUCUUAAAAAGACUUCUCUUGAUAUAAUUGCCUUACUACUGCCAUUGUCACUGAAAUGGCAUAUUAGGGAUUUAGGGUUUAGAUGUGUUGUCUGUGCGCACAGUCUUUUAGUAUAUACCUCAUGGGAUUUGAAUUAGCAAAUGCUGCGUUCGCUUUUCUUUUCUUACUAGACGAGAUAUUUUAUUUGACAUUUUAAAAUACACAACAGUGGUUUGUAUGCACUGCUUAACUUGAGCUAUAUAUAUAUAUAUAUAUAAAAUAAUUUUUUCAAACUUGAACGGGGACUGCAACCUGGUUUUCACCAUGGAAAACUAGAUUUUUAAACUUAAAUAUUUCAUUGGGUGGUGCCACACAAACGUUAAUUCAUAAUGAAUUGCAGUGUGGUACCUUGUAAUGAAUGUUGCCUUAUUUAAAGACAUUUAAUGGAUCGUGAUGAUCAUGUAAAAUUUCACAACUCUCAAUUUGUUUUUAAACCAAAGUCAAUAUAAAAAGGGUAAAAAUGUACAUUUCAAGUCCCAAACGCAUGACCAGUUCAUUUCUCAGAUCCGCAUCUAAUGCAGUAUAGGUUUAUCACUAACUGUGUUACACUCCAAACGCGAUCCUGUGAGUGUAAUGACGCUUUUCAUAGAAAUCAGUAGAACUACACUCAGAAGAGUUUUUCUGCUCUGGUUAACCGGAUUCUUAAAAUAAUCACUAAUCACUUUAUGGUACACUGUACCAGACAGUCACAAAGUCAGUAUCAGGCCUUUCAACAUCCUUAAAAUAAUUUGAGAAAUCUGCUGUCAAUGUGGCACAGUAUGCAUAAAUACACAGACUGAAGUCCUGCACACAGUCUGCGGUCAUGUCACCAGUUUAUGAAAGAAAGUUUGUCUGAAAGUGUGUUUGUGUUUCUUAAAAUAUCCUGAUGGUGAUCAACUCUUCAUCUCCUUGCUGAUAAACUGAAGUUACAGAACAAGCUAUUCUCUAUAAUAAUAUCCAAGAUUUUUGGACUGUUGUUAAACUAAACAAUGUCUAUUUUUAACAAUACCCCAAAAUAUUUUCAGAUGGUGUGUAGUUGUGCAUUCAGACUUUCUUGAAAUUUAAAUUCAGUCAUGAACAUGGUGAAGCAUGUCCUUCACUAUGUGAAGGACAUGCUGUACACAGACAUCCCACCAGAGGGAGACGUUGACAACAAUUGACACCUUGUAUUAGUUGUACAAAAAAGCAUUUCAUGUUUUCUGUUACCCUACCUCUAAUUAUGAGUACAUAAAUCACUGGCAAUAUUAUAUAGACAUCAACACAAUUCCCUUAAAAUCAAUAUUAUAUAUUUCAUGAUUUAGAGUUCUCUGUUUAAAUAUUUGU